GUACAAGUUGUUCGGUCCCGGGCUCCCGGCAUCGUUUACUUCGUCUGCAGCGGCGAAAGACCUGGUCACCUGGAGUCCCAGGAAGAGUCCCAGGUUCCAUACAAGCGUUAAUACGACGCCACAAGAUCAGAUAUUCGCAAAGCACAUAUCCGCGGCUGCUGCUAGCGUCCAACUUCCAACGGCGUAGCCCCACACGAAAGCCGCGAGCGAUCAUGCCGGCGGCAGCGCUGCUCUGCUUUGCUCUCCGCCGCCUGGUUCCUUUCCUUGCGGCCGUGCUCGCGCUGGUGCAGCACGCUGGCUUGCUGCCGGCGGCCGAGGCGCAGGCCAACCUGACUGCCGGAGCCACCUUGACGCCGCCGGGCUACAUCACCAGCCCGUCCGGCGACUUCCGCUUCGGCUUCCGCGCCCUCGAUCCCGACCCCACCAAGUUCCUCCUCGCCACGUGGUUCCGCUUCGGCGACGGCAGCGGCGACUCCCCGCCCCAGCCGCAGUCCGUGGUGUGGUUCGCGAAACAGUCGAGUACCGGCUCCACGCCCGUUGCCACUCCGCAGUCCGUCCUCAGCAUCACGGCCGACGGCCUGGUGCUCAGCGAUGGAGGCACUCAGGUGCUGUGGAGGGUCCCGACGCCUAACAUGUUUCCUGGGUCCGUCCUCACACUCCUCGACUCCGGCAACCUACUGUUCCUCGACGACUCCGGCAAAGUGUUGUGGGAGAGCUUCUCGUACCCAACGGACACGCUCCUGCCGAGUCAGUCCUUGGCUCCCAGCACCCCGACCGAUGGGAAGCUCUUCUCCAAGCGCGCGGACGCGGAGUUCACCACCGGCCGCUUCAGCCUGGCAGUCCAGAACGACGGCAACAUCGUCCUCUACCUGGACCUCCUCACCGGCAACAACGCCGACCACGCCUACUGGGCCUUGCAGUCCAACAGCCCCAACGUCAGCAACACGACGGUUACCUUCGACGACCAGGGCCGCCUCAACUACACACUCCACGACGGCACCGUCCACAGCUUGAUUUCGCCGGUGGUGAGAUCCACCGUCGGCGACGGCGAGCACUUCCAGUUCGCUAGGAUGGACCCCGACGGCAUAGUACGUGCCUACGCCCGCCCGAAGAACGGCGGCGGCAACACGUCUUGGAUUGUAUCGGGCGCGUUCCCAAGCGACGGCUGCGGCAAGAGGACAUCCAAGCUGCAGGGCAUGUGCGGCCCGGGAUCUUACUGCGUGGAGACAACGGACAGGCUCAACUGCGUCUGCCCGAACAAGUACAGUUACACCGACGCGCAGCACAAGGACAACGGAUGCACGCCGGAGUUCGAGCCGCAGAGCUGCGAGGGCGGGGAGAACAGAGGCAGCUCCGAGGAGUUCACUCUCGUGGAGCUCCUGAACACCACCUGGGAGACCUCGAUAUACUACAACAAGUUCCCAUCGGUCACGGAGGAGCAGUGCCGAGACUAUUGCCUCAGCGACUGCUUCUGCACCGCCGCACUGUUUAUCGACGGAUCCGACUGCGCGGAGGUCGCCGCGCUCACGAACGGACGGCAGAAAAAAAGUGUCACGACAAAGGCGCUGAUCAAGGUGCGGACAAGGGACCCUGCGGCAAAAAGGAGGAAAUCCGCAAUGACCUACAAGGUCAUCACCGUCUGCCUGGCUUUUCUCUUGGUGAUCACCAUCAGCGGCCUCCUGGCAUGGCGUUAUUACCCCGCCAGGAACAGGAACAGAGCAAGGCAGCAGCUAUUGAGCUCGAGCGUAAGAGCGUUCAGCUGGAAGGAGCUUUACCAGGCUACCAAUGGCUUCGAGAAAUUGCUGGGCAAAGGGAGCUUCGGCAAGGUGUACCUGGGAACGAUGAGAUCCCCACAGCCGCAUCUCGUUGCCGUGAAGAAACUCAUCGACUCGAACGAGUAUAGCGAGCAAGAGUUCACCAACGAGGUGCAGUCCAUCGGUCAGAUCCACCACCGGAACCUCGUCCGCAUGAUCGGCUACUGCAAUGAAGGUAACCACCGGGUACUGGUGUUCGAGUUCAUGCCAGGUGGGUCCCUCCGCAGCUUCCUUUUCAACCCAGAAAAGCAGCCACCGUGGCGCUGGCGCGCCGAGGCCGCGCUCGCCAUCGCGCGGGGGCUUGAGUACCUCCACGACGGCUGCAGCGGCCCGAUCAUCCACUGCGACAUCAAGCCAGAUAACAUCCUAUUGGACGGCCACGGAAUCCCGAGGAUCACCGACUUUGGCAUCUCCAAGCUGCUCGGGAGCCAGCAGGUGCACGCCACCGUGACCCACGUCAGGGGCACAAGAGGGUACAUCGCCCCCGAGUGGCUCCGCGGCGACGCGCGAGUGGACACAAAAGCGGACGUCUACAGCUUCGGUGUCGUGCUGUUGGAGAUGAUCUGCUGCCGGAGGUGCCAGGAGCAGGUGGUGCCCGACUCCGACCUGCCAGAGGGAGCGGACGCCGACGAGACGGUCACGCUGUUCGGAUGGGCGGCGCAGCUGGUACAAACCCGGAGGACGGAGCUGAUGCUGCGCAGCAGGCAUGACGACGCAGACGCCGUGGAUGACAUGGAGAGGGUGGAGCGGUUCGCGCGCGUGGCGUUGUGGUGCAUCGAGCCGAACCCGGCGCUGCGGCCGACCAUGCGUCAAGUGGUACAAGUGCUGGAGACUAGUCAGGUUCGAGUCGAGGUGCCGCCUGAUCCUCCCGGCUGUUACGUGGAAUCAUCGCAGCCUUUAAUUCCACAGCUCGAAACUAAAUGAAUGAUCUUCUUUGACCAAA